ACUGUUUUAUUUACAAGCAAUGCUAGAACUAGUAAAUUGACCUGGUCAUUAGCUGUUUAGCUGCUCUUAAUUUACAUAAUUAGUGCUAAGAGGUUCUUCAAUCUUUAGAGCUGUUGAUUCUUAGCUUUGCAAUUUGAAAGUAAAUGAGUUCGUAGAAGUAAGGAAAUUAGGGAUUUAGAGUUUUUAAAUGACAUUGUUUUUUUAAGGUGUUGAAUGGAAGUGAAGUGAUUGAUUUUGUGAGUGAAUUCAGAACGAUCUGGCUCUAUUUUAUGUUAUCACAGCUGAAGUGGUCCUUCAGCAAGGCAAAUCUUCGAUUUAAGAUAAAUUUUCCGUGACGAGCUGCAUGUACUGUUAACUGUUUUGAAAUAUUAGUUGGCACUGACAGUAAAGCACAAGAGAAUGGAAAGAAAUCAGGGAUGUUAGUUGCUUAAUUCAAUUAUAAAAGUACUCUAAAGGCCUUCCAAAGUACUCUAGAUUUUUCAAUCAUUUAUGGAACAGUGAAUUCAGCUUUUUGCAACAUUGAUUAACUAAAAUUCUUAUUUUUGACAUACCGAGAAUGUGCAGUGUACUGGUGUAGAUUAUUAUCGUUAGCAUGAAACUCUUUUAUGGACUUUAAUAUGAUGAAUGACUGAGGCAAACAUUGUGAGGAGGUAGGCAAUUGAGUUAACUAAGUAAGAACUUAUUAGUUUUAGGCUUUUAGCAAUUCAUGCUUGUAUAAAGCUCUUAUUCUUUUACUGAAGUGCUUCCGAAAAUCUUGGUUUUUUUUUCUGACUUUUGUGAUUAAUUUUUGUCCCAAUGCCAUGGGCCUGCUGUUAAUUGUUAUUGAAUUAAUGCUCAAUGCAAUCCGAAAGUACAGCAUGGUUAACAAUUCUAGCUAUUUAUUAAGUGUUCAAUUAAGAUUUAGUAUUUGUAACCAAAUGAACUCCAUUAUCAUCUUGUACAAAUCACUAUCGGUUGUAAUGGCAAUGUUGUUUUGAUGAUGCUACAUCCGCAAGGUCUACUUUAUUUCCUCAUUGUGUGUCCAUCUCUUCUCUGUCAUGUCUCCUUAGCUCUUACCGGCUACCGGCAUUGCACUUCAUUCCUACGUCAGGAGUUGCUAUGGAGGAAAGAAAUUCGUAUAAGACAACAAGGAGGCACUAUGGACCUUGGGGAUAUAGUUGUUGACACAUUGUUUCAAGAACAAUAUCUUGGGAGGACAUUGGCGCUUAGUUUACCAGCUUCACACGGUGCAAACAUUUCUUUCAAGGAGGGAUCAUUGAUCUUGAACUGUUGAAUGCAAGCACAUGCACGAUGAAUACAUCGGGUGCACUGAUUUUGUCGAGAAAGGAACAGAAAAUGUUGUUUUCCGAACAUGUUAUGAAGAAAGACAUCGGGUUGUAUUCCAAAUGGGCACUUCUGAUGCAGUGAGGGCUCUAACUGCUGCUCAAUUAGUGUGUAAAGAUGUUGCUGCUAUAGAUAUCAAUAUGGGCUGCCCUAAGUCAUUUUCUAUUAGUGGGGGCAUGGGUGCUGCACUUUUGUCUAAACCAGAGCUCAUUCAUGAUAUUUUGACAACACUAAAGAGGAACUUGAACUCUCCAGUCACAUGUAAAAUCCGACUUUUGAAGUCUCCACAAGAUACAGUUGAAUUGGCAAGGCGAAUUGAAAAAACUGGUGUUUCUGCUUUAGCUGUUCAUGGAAGAAAAGUUGCCGAUAGGCCAAGGGAUCCAGCUAAGUGGAAUGAGAUUGCUGACGUUGUAUCAGCAUUGUCUAUUCCAGUAAUUGCAAAUGGAGAUGUCUUUGAUUAUGGUGAUUUUGAACAAAUAAAAUCUGCAACAGGUGCUUCAUCAGUAAUGGUUGCAAGAGGAGCUCUUUGGAAUGCUUCCAUUUUCUCUCCUGAAGGCAAAUUGCAUUGGGAAGACGUCAAAAGAGAGUAUGUUAGAAAGAGUAUCCUAUGGGAUAAUGAUAUGAAAAGCACAAAGUACACAUUGAAGGAAAUGAUAGGCCAUUAUACUUCGCUUGAACAGGCAGAGGGAAAGGGCUUGACCAAAUCAGAAACUCUGGCAGAUUUAGCGAAAUUUUACGGCGAGGAAAGAUACUAUUGGUUUGUCGAUGAAAGUCGGUUCUCAGGCAACGAAAGCAUAGAGAAAUUCUUAUAAUAUGGAAUAAGUUUGUGUUGCAUUGAAGGAGAUAUUUAUACCUGUACACCUGAUAUACACUCGAUUUUGAAGCUGUGAUGUUAUAUGCUUAGUCAAGUUCCGCCAUAUGUUUUAGCAUAUAUGAUAUCUUUUCAUCUCAUCCAGAACAUAGAGAACAUACAAGUGUGGGAGUGUGCAUCGGCUGGUUCUAGAAACAUGACGACCAAUUUGGUUUUUAAAGAAAAAAAACUGGAAAAGUUUGGUUUGUUUCAGUUCGGUUAAACUGAAUUCUAAGGUUGACAUUUUUUAAUGCUGAUGCGUGCAUUAUAAUAUACAAUGUUUUAAUGAAAAAAUGCCGAUGUGCAUGUUAAAAUA